AGCCCCUGUGUGUGAGUGUCGCGCGCAUGCCGGUCAUGGCGACGAUGCAUGCAUGUCCAUGAGGCGGGAAGCGUUAGCUCCUCACGCGUUUUAAAGCGACCCCAGACAACGAAAUUAACGAUGGCUGGCGUUUUUGACAUCGACCUCGACCAGCCGGAGGAAAAUGUCUCCGAUGAUGAGCUGGAGGAGGCUCAGAUCAAUGAAAUCAUGGAUCAGUGUAGUGGCUUUGAAUUUAACAUGGAUGAAUGUGAGAAGAUCGAGAUAUCUGAAGACAAUGUAAACCAAGGGGCUGAGAACAUUCGGCCGGAGUGCUUUGAGCUGCUCCGUGUAUUGGGAAAAGGAGGUUACGGGAAGGUUUUCCAGGUACGGAAAGUAUCUGGUGCAGCAUCUGGAAAAAUUUUUGCAAUGAAAGUCUUGAAAAAGGCCAUGAUUGUCCGUAAUGCCAAGGACACAGCGCAUACUAAAGCCGAGCGAAACAUCUUAGAGGAAGUCAAGCAUCCUUUCAUCGUUGAUCUAAUCUAUGCCUUUCAGACGGGUGGCAAGCUUUACCUCAUCCUUGAAUAUCUAAGUGGUGGGGAGCUUUUCAUGCAACUCGAGCGAGAGGGGAUUUUCAUGGAGGACACGGCCUGCUUUUACUUGGCUGAAAUCUCUAUGGCUCUUGGACACCUGCACCAGAAAGGCAUCAUCUACAGAGAUCUCAAACCUGAAAACAUCAUGCUCAAUAACCAAGGACAUGUAAAACUGACUGAUUUUGGACUAUGUAAGGAGUCGAUCCACGAUGGCACGGUCACCCAUACAUUCUGCGGCACUAUUGAGUACAUGGCUCCAGAGAUCCUAAUGAGAAGCGGACACAAUCGGGCUGUUGACUGGUGGAGUCUUGGGGCUUUGAUGUAUGACAUGUUGACGGGAGCACCUCCUUUUACGGGGGAGAACCGUAAGAAGACCAUUGACAAAAUUCUUAAAUGCAAACUGAACCUCCCACCCUACCUCACGCAAGAAGCCAGGGACCUACUUAAAAGGCUACUGAAAAGAAGCGCCUCAUCUCGGCUUGGGGCUGGACCUGGAGAUGCAACAGAAGUACAGACUCAUCCCUUCUUCCGACAUGUUAACUGGGACGACCUUCUUGCGCGAAAAGUAGAACCACCAUUCAAGCCUUUCUUGCAAUCUGCUGAUGAUGUGAGCCAGUUUGAUUCAAAGUUCACCAGCCAGACUCCCGUCGACAGCCCCGAUGACUCCACACUAAGUGAAAGUGCAAAUCAGGUCUUUUUGGGAUUUACCUAUGUAGCUCCAUCUGUGUUGGAAAAUAUUAAGGAGAAAUUCUCAUUUGAGCCAAAAAUACGUUCACCUCGCCGGUUUUUGGGAAGCCCCAGGACACCAAUCAGCCCACUCAAGUUCUCAGGAGACUGCUGGCCACGAGGUUCCAAUCUGCCUGAAGGCUCCUCCCUCCAGUCCCCAACAGAGCUCGCUAUGGAAGUGUCCACCAUGGAUCAGAUGGACGUCACGGCCAGCACAGAGGCCAGCGCCCCUUUACCCAUCAGGCAACCUGCUGGCUCCAACAUGGGCCAGUUUAAACAGCAGGCUUACCCGGUUAUCUCCAAACGGCCAGAGCAUCUACGAAUGAACCUAUGACCAGUAGUUCAACUUAGAGUUUUCCUUUGCUUUCUCUAUUUCUUUUAUACGGACACUAGGGGAAAACGAACGUCCCCAUCAUCACUACCAUCUUCGGCUAGAAACUGUUCUUCAGAUCUGAUGAGCAUGCGUUUUUCACCAAGAAUGAGAAAGCGCCACAUGUCCUCACAUCCCAAAACCUCAGUGUGCAUUCUUAGACGAUUCCUGUAUUUACAUAUCAAACGGAUUAUCAGGAUUGGGCCUUCUUUUGGAUUAUCGACUUUUUUACAUGGUUUUACCAUAAAAGGAACAUGAAAAAAAACAAAAAAAAAAGACUUGACACUUCAAAAGUGCAGAUGAGCUGAUGCACCGUGAUCAAGUGAUGUUGAGGAUUGGCUUCCAUUGGAUGCUAUAGGUUUUUACAGUAUUGCCAAGGGAAGUUGAAUUACUUUCCAACAAUUAAUGAAUUGUACAAAUCAAUGCGGAUUGAAAAGUUAAUGCAUUUGUGGGAAUCUCAUCAAGCCGAGGUUCACAAACCCGACUUAAGUCUUAUACAUUUUUAAACGUGUAUCCCACAGUGCUGUAUAGAUGAUGGAUAAAUACACAAGCCUCAAUAAAAUCAAAUAUGUCGA